UGGUAGAGGUGGAGGAGGAGGUGCAUGUGGAGGCAGAGAAAGAGGCGGAAAAGGUGAAGGCGAUGGCGGAUGAGGAGGAGUCAGUUGAGGAUGAGGAGAAGAGAGAGAUAGAGGACGAGGGGGAACAUGUGGUCGGGGACAGAGGAGUAGAGGAAGAGGUUCAAGUUGAAGGGACGGACAGCAACACCGAGCCUGAGAUUCCAGAGGAUCUGGACUACGCCAGCGACAGCGACAACACAGAGCCUCUUGAAACCGAGCUUGAGGAAGGGAAACCCCUCGCCGAAGACGCCCAGUUCCUUUCAAAUAAGAAAGUGGAGGCCGAGGUGGAGGAGAAAGAAGAACAAGCUAGCAAGGAUGACAAAAUCCCCACUGCCACUGAUGACUAUGAGUCCCAGCCAGACAUACAAGACGCCGAGUUCACUGAGAGCCAGGAAGUGCUCGGCCAGUACAAGUACGAUUCCCAAGAAAAGGGGACCAAUAAAAAAGACGCAGACACAGACACUGAACUCCAAGAGACAAAGAACAGUGUGGAUCUUGAUGGGACACAUCUUUCAGUAGAAGGGGGAGAAGAGAAGGAGGAGAAGAACAUAAACAAGAGUGCCAGUCACACCAGAGGCAAAGCCAGGAAGCAGAGGAAGAACCAGAGAGUGAGGAAGCGCCCCCUACAGAGGGAUGAGGCCCCACCAGGAGAGGGAGUCCCAGACCACCAGGGGGAUGAGGGCGUGAAGGAGCACUACCGCACCACCGACAGUGCUGUAUACAAGCCCAAGAGGAGAAGAGCAGGGAAAUGGGCUCCUCUGGUGGGAAUGAACCCGGUCCAGAUCAGGGCGACAGUAGACCUCUACCCCAGCACCAGGCCCUCUUUGGCGGCCAGCCUAUACAGACCCCAAGCAUCCGCUGCCGACCCUUGUGAGAACUUCCGUUGUCAACAUGGAAAGACCUGUAAACUCAACAAGGAGAAGAAGCCUGUGUGUGUGUGUCAUGAGCCUUCUGCCUGCCCACAGAGUGUCACUGAUCAUGUAUGUGGAAGUGACAAUGUCACCUACACACCCUGUGAGUUCUUUGCCACCAAGUGCAACCUGGAAGGCACCAAGAGAGGCCAUAUACUUCACCUGGACUACACUGGAGUCUGCAAAUUCAUAGCACCGUGUAUGACUGGCGAACUGGUCCAGUUUCCUCUGCGUAUGCGCGACUGGCUGAAGAACGUCUUGCUGCAUCUCUAUGAACAUGACUCCAUGUCCCCUGGCUUCCUCACCCCCAAGCAACGCAUCAGAGUGAGAAAGAUCCACGAGAGUGAGAGGCGCCUCCAUCCCGGCGACCACCCCAUUGAGUUGCUGGCCCAGGACUUUGAGAAGAACUACAACAUGUACAUCUAUCCCGUGCACUGGCAGUUUGCUCAGAUGGACCAGCACCCUUCUGACAGGUUUCUGUCCCACUCUGAGCUGGCCCCCCUGAGGGUCCCGUUAGUCCCCAUGGAGCAUUGUACCUCCCGCUUCUUCCAGGAGUGUGACGCAGACAAAGACAAACAGGUGUCCUUCAGGGAGUGGACCCACUGCUUCGGCAUCAAGGAUGAGGACAUGGAUGUCAACCUGCUCUUCUGAGUCCAAUCAGUACCUCAUCAAGCAACCAGCUUAAAUAAGCAUUUAACGAAAUAACCUUCAAUCAUGGCAGAACCACAUACCUUAAUUGGAGAGUCACUUAAUUGGAGAGUCACAAUGUCUGGCACACAGACAUUGUGGAAACCAGUAAUUGGUUCCCCAUUAAUCACACCAUCCCUUCACAUGGUUUAACAGAUACAUUCACAUAUGAAGACAAUGUUCCCUCCUGUCCUCUUCCCUUUCUGAUAUUCUGCAUAGCACCAGGGACAUGUGAAAGACAAGCCUGACUUCUCCAUUCUGAUUCAUCCACCAUACAGUGUAGCUAUUACAGUGAAAUACUACCAUGCUAUUGUUUGAGGAGAGUGCAGAGUUAUGAAUUAGAAAAUGUAAACCAAUUAGGCACAUUUGGGCAGACUUGUUACAACAUCUUGAAUUGAAAUGCAACGGUUCUUUGGAUCAGUCUAAAACGUUGCACAUACACUGCUGCCAUCUAGUGGCCAACAUCUAAAUUGCGCCUAAACUGGAAUAAUACAUUGUGGCCUUGCUCUUGCAUUUCAAAGAUGAUGAAAAAA